AUGAAACGCCCUUCGAUCCCGCAAUCGACGUCGAUCCAGGCUUUGAGCUGGUUUAGGCUUGUCGAAAGCGAGUGUCGAUUGAAGUUGCGCCGCGAAUCUGUCGCGAUACGCGCAAGUCUCAAUGCUGUCUCUGCUUGGCCAAGAAACUCGAACGCGCCAAAUGCUUCGAAACGCACGGUGCAGCGCAUCAGGGAAAAAAUAAAUCCGCGCUCUACAAACCAACACAACAACAUCAUUGCGCAAGUCCUUUCUGAAGGGAUCGUCGCUGCGGAUCGCGAAUGCUUUGGCGAGAACCCUCGUCGUUCAUCUUCUUUUCCUUCUUCCUUCAUCGACUCGAAACCGAUCCAUAUUUUGCCUGCAAAAAUGUCGUCGGCACCACCGCCAACACGUCCGGCCACCGGUCGCAAACGUGCUCCCUCCUUCUCCGAAGCCAUCGCACAAGUUCCACAGAACGCCAAUGCCCAAGACGAGACCGCCGAUCCCGCCGUGGCAGACCGCAUCGCUGCCGCUGACGCUGCGGCAACCAAAGAUCCCGUGGCUGCAUCCACUCGCGCUGCCAGCAAGAAGGGCAAAUACUCGUUCCAAGAUGACGAGAUCUACCGUUCGCAAGGUCUCAUCAAGGACCUCAUGACGUUCCGAUGGAUGACCGCUCCCGCCUCCUCUUUCCAGCUUGCUGCCAUCUUCGUUCUCGCCUACUUUAACUGGAACUUCUUCAUUGGUUCUCCCGAGAACAAUCCCGUCGCACCGUUCCUCAUGCUCUCGCAUCGCGUACCUCAAUCUCAGGUCAUUCUCGAUAGCCUUCCGCCUAAAGACGGUGUACAGCAAGCACUCCAGAAUCUCAUUCCACGAUCAGCAGAGUCUCUCGAAGCAAGAUACCAGAAAGGAUACAACGAUUUGCUCUUCCUCGUGUUCUACGUCAUUGUCUUUUCUUUCUUGCGUCAAUCCACGACGCUCUACAUCUUCAAACCCUUUGCCAAAUGGUGGGGGAUCAAGAGCGAAUCCAAGCAGGCCAGGUUCACCGAGCAGGGCUACGCUGUACUCUACUGGGGUAGCGCCGCCGCUCUGGGCGUCUACGUCAUGAGCUUUCAGGACAGCUGGUGGUACAACUUUGAACACCUCUGGCUCAAGUACCCCCACUGGCAGAUGCGCAGCGAACUCAAACUCUACUACCUCCUCCAGUUCUCCUUUUGGCUCCAACAAGCUCUCGUCAUGCUUUUGCGCCUCGAGGCACCUCGCAAGGACUACUACGAGCUCAUUGCGCAUCACCUCGUCACCCUCUGGCUCAUCGGCUGGUCCUACCUGAUCAACCUCACCAUGAUCGGCACCACCGUCUUUGUAUGCAUGGACAUCCCCGAUACAUGGCUCGGUUUCAGCAAGGCGCUCAACUACAUGGGUCUCGACAACAUCACCGUCGUCAUCUUUGCCAUCUUUAUGGUCAUCUGGACCUACUUCCGCAUCUACCUUUCAGCGGCAACGUUGUACAGCGUCUGGUAUCAGUUCGAUCUCAUCCCCACGUAUACCAGGGAGUGGAAUCCGGUGAAAGGCUGGUGGUUGGUUCCGUGGAUGAAGUAUCAGAUCUUCGCUCCGCUGUUUUUGCUGCUGCUGUUGAACCUGUUCUGGUACGUGCUCAUGUGGAGGAUCAUGUUCAGGGCUAUCAAGGGAGAUGUUGCUGAUGAGAGGGAGGAUGGCGAGUACGAUGACGAGGAGGAGGAGAAAGAGGACAAGAAGAAGCAGUGA